AUGAACCAACCCAGCCCCAUGGCCGCCAUGACCACCUACAACCCCACAUCUCCUAUGAACCAAUCCAGCCCCAUGGCCCCCAUGACCACCUACAACCCCACAGCCACGAUGAACCAACCCAGCCCCAUGGCCGCCAUGACCACCUACAACCCCACAUCUCCUAUGAACCAAUCCAGCCCCAUGGCCCCCAUGACCACGUACAACCCCACAGCCACGAUGAACCAACCCAGCCCCAUGCCCCAUGGCCCCCAUGACCACCUACAACCCCACAGCCACGAUGAACCAACCCAGCCCCAUGGCCACCAUGACCACCUACAACCCCACAUCUCCUAUGAACCAACCCAGCCCCAUGGCCCCCAUGACCACGUACAACCCCACAGCCACGAUGAACCAACCCAGCCCCAUGGCCGCCAUGACCACCUACAACCCCACAUCUCCUAUGAACCAACCCAGCCCCAUGGCCCCCAUGACCACGUACAACCCCACAGCCACGAUGAACCAACCCAGCCCCAUGGCCGCCAUGACCACCUACAACCCCACAUCUCCUAUGAACCAAUCCAGCCCCAUGGCCCCCAUGACCACCUACAACCCCACAGCCACGAUGAACCAACCCAGCCCCAUGGCCCCCAUGACCACCUACAACCCCACAUCUCCUAUGAACCAACCCAGCAGCAUGCCCCCAUAACAACGUAUAACCCCACAGCCCCCAUGCCCCCCAUGACAACGUAUAACCCCACAGCCCCCAUGGCCCCCAUGACAACGUAUUACCCCACAGCCCCUAUGACCCAACCCAGCCCAAUGGCCCCCAUGACAACGUAUAACCCCACAGCCCCUAUGACCCAACCCAGCCCCAUGGCCCCCAUGACAACGUAUAACCCCACAGCCCCUAUGACCCAACCCAGCCCCAUGGCCCCCAUGACGACGUAUAACCUCACAGCCCCAUUGAACCAACCCAGCCCCAUGGCCCCCAUGCCCACCUACAACCCCACAUCUUCUAUGACCCAACCCAGCCCCAUGGCCGCCAUGACCACCUACAACCCCACAUCUCCUAUGAACCAACCCAGCCCCAUGGCCCCCAUGACCACUUACAACCCCACAUCUCCUAGUAACCAACCCAGCAGCAUGCCCCCCAUGGCCCCCAUGGCCCCCAUGAUGAUGUAUAACCCCACAGCCACUAUGAGCCAACCUAGCAGCAUGGCCGCCAUGACCACGUACAACCCCAGAACUCCUAUGCCUCAAUCCAGCAGCAUGCCCCCCAUGACGACGUAUAACCUCACAGCCCCGAUGAACCAACCCAGCCCCAUGGCCCCCAUGACAACAUAUAACCAAAGAACUCCUAUGGCCCUACCCAGCACCAUGCCCCCCAUGACAAUGUAUAACCAAAGAACUCCUAUGGCCAUACCCAGCACCAUGGCUCCCAUGACAGUGUAUAACCACCCAACUCUCGCUCCUGUCGGCAUUUUCAUGCCCCCCAUGGCAAUGUCUGAUACCAUGUCCCCAAUGUCCUCAGUCCCUUUUUCCACCCCUCCAGUCCCCAAAUCUGCCAUAGACAUGAAUGCCCCGAUGGAUCUCUCAACACAACCCACAUAUGUACCAAAAUAUGGCUUUUUACCCUAAUGCAAGAGGGUUUUGGUUGGCUAGAAUCAGCCAGAGAAAUGUACCCAGGUCAUGGCUGGCAUGGAUCUAAACCUGUCCCCAGUGGAUUUGACCUUGAACCUAUGUUCAACAAUCUACCAGAUGGCUGAGAAUGCGACUGCCAACAAGAAGCGCUGCCAACAAGUCGCCCAGAGAGUCAAAUCACAGGAGGGACUGGUUCAUACCGUGAAACAAAAGGAGCCUAGCGUAAUCUCUGAGACUGUGGAGAACGCUCUGAAGGAACUCUGCAGCACUCUGAAAUCUGGCAAGACGCUGAUGGAGAAACUUUCUUCCGGCUUGGUGGAGUCUAGCAGCUACGAAGACGAGUUCU